CAUUCAGCCAUCCGGCAACACCACCGCCGGCAAGUGUCGAUUUUUAUUGGUCCAAGUCGCGCGCAGCAUGUUAAUUGACAACAACAGACGGUAGCUGGCGAAUGAUAAAAUAAACGUGCGCCGAUCGAACGCGAAUCGAGGAUCCAGGAGCCGUGCCAACGCCAUAGCAAACGAGGACACCCGAGCCGGGCGCCACAGAAACCGCUGCGAGGAGACCAGAGAGUGGGAAGCCUUGGUGGAAUCGAAUCGAAUGUUGCGCAACCUUCUGUCCCCGCAUGUACUUAGCCACCAAACCGAUUCCGAAUCCGAUUCCGAGCCACCAACCACCUAACAACAACCACAUCACGCCAUCCGCUUACAUUUGAUAAUCGAAUUUAGUUAGGCGAUGAAGAAGCGCACCAAUUCACGUGGCACACCGACCUCGUCGGGCGAUGCGAUACUGCCCACCACCUCCUCCUCCGCCGGCGAUGCUGAGAGGGAUCAUCCUGCAUACAAAUCGGGCGCGGCUAGUGCCCCGGCUACGCCCACCAAGCGGCGGGAUGGUAGCGAUGGCAGUGGCAGCAGUGCAGGCGCACGGAGGAAGCGAAAAGAUGAGAUCGCCCAGACAUUUGUGAUCGUCAACGAACGUCCUGUGGACGACAUAUCGCUGGACUUCUUCUACAAGCCACACACCAUCACCCUGCUGGCUGUUUCGGUACUCGCCGUCAUGUACUUUGCGUUCGUCAGAAACGAGGCGAACGUGGAUGAGAAUCUCUGGGCCGGACUCCUCUGCAUUGUUUUCUUCUUUCUGAUCAUUUCGGUGAUUGCAUUUCCCAAUGGACCAUUCACACGACCCCAUCCCGCCGUGUGGCGGAUAUUAUUCGGAUGCUCUGUGCUGUACCUGCUGACGCUACAAUUCCUGAUGUUCCAAAACUAUCCAACUAUCAGGAGCAUAUUCUACUGGAUUGAUCCAAAGUUGAAGAACUUCCACAUCGAUAUGGAAAAGGAAUAUGGCGUCAAUUGCUCGGACAUCAGUUGGGAUCGUGUUAAAGGCCACUUAGACGUGUUUGCCUGGGGUCACUUCUUGGGCUGGGCCUUUAAGGCCAUCCUGAUCCGUCACAUGGGCAUUCUGUGGGCCAUUUCCGUCAUGUGGGAGAUUACCGAAAUAACCUUUGCGCACUUGUUGCCCAACUUCAUUGAGUGUUGGUGGGAUGCUCUCAUCCUGGAUGUGAUUAUCUGCAACGGUCUCGGAAUUUGGAUGGGUCUGAAGAUCUGCCAGAUUCUGGAGAUGCGUGAGUACAAGUGGGCCAGUAUUAAGGACAUAUCCACCACAACGGGUAAAAUCAAACGUGCCAUGCUGCAGUUUACGCCCGAGAGCUGGUCGGCCAUUCGCUGGCUGGAUCCCAAGUCCACGGCGAUGAGAUUUGCCGCCGUCAUUCAGCUUGUGAUAUUCUGGCAAGUUACCGAGCUGAACACUUUCUUCUUGAAGCACAUCUUUGAAAUGCCACCGGAUCACUUCAUUGUGAUAGGUCGCCUCAUUUUCAUCGGUCUGUUUGUAGCGCCUUCGGUUAGGCAAUAUUACGUAUAUGUCACCGACACACGCUGCAAGAGAGUCGGCACCCAGUGUUGGGUUUACGGCGCCAUCAUGGUCUCCGAAGCUAUUCUGUGCAUCAAGAAUGGCAAGGAGUUGUUUGAGCGCACGCAAGCCAUCAACAUUGUCCUGUGGCUGACUGUCCAAGUAAUUAUCUCGGUGGCAUUUGUCUACCUCGCGGUUUACUGGCAGCAGCGGCAGCUGAAAAAGGUUUCAUCGACACCCACAAAAAGAAAAGAAACUAGUCCUGCCACAUCAUCCUCGCCCUCGAAAGGUAUGUAUAGCCAUUUAACAACUGCAAGCAACAUUAAAUGGGGUGAGAAACAUUGUCAAAAAUUCUUUCAAUAGUUGUGUAUCGUUGUUCAAAAUGUCCAUUGCUGUCUAUGUUUGAUAACUCAGAAAAUAGGGUAUCUAUUGAAAUGUUAUAACUGGCAUUUCCUCAAUUGUGGCAUACAAAAUUUCCAUCAUUUUAAUCCCUUUAAUGUUGCCUGCCUUAUGACUAACUUUCUCUUUUGCUCUUGCUGACUUUCUUUAUUAUUGGCUCAAUUUAUGGUUAAUCACUCUGUUUUCUCAACUCUUUGCUCUCCAUUUAAAAUCUCCUUGCGUUUCUCCCCUUCUCUGUCUCUUUCUCCAAUUCCCGUCGGAUUGCAUUGCCACAAAAAGCACAUUUGCCAAGGAGUAAUUCCAUUGAUGCACCCAACAUCAUGCACUACGAUAUUAAAAUUAAGAUAGUCUAACCACUUAUUGUUAACUUUUAUAUCUGCUACUUUUGAUCUACAAUUCAUUCAUUUCACUUUUCUAGGUAAAUUGUCGCCGCAAAAAGAGAAGAAAGUAAAAUAAGAAGUUGAUAUAAAAAGAACUUGAAAGCUGCAGAAACAAAGUGGAUCAGGCCAUUCUAUAAAUUAAAAACCAAAACAGAGAAGAGAAUUAUGUACAUACACUAAAGAAAACUGUACUGAUUAAAUUAAAUACAUAACAUGUAAAUAUAUAUAUAUGUAUAAAAGAUAUAUAUAUAUAUUUAUUAAAAAGACAAAAGUGGAAUUACUUGUUAAUAAGAGAAUAUAAAGGACUUGCUAUGUUCUAGUGCUAGAUUAA